CACCUGCAGUGCACAUUUCAUCUGAAUGGUCGGCCGACCCGAUCACUCACACGCACAUCAGUCUAUUACCAUGGCCGGCUAUCGCGCCAAAGGCAAAGCAGGAUCUCCUCCAAACACACGGACAGUAGAAAUGGACGACUGUGUGUAAGAAACCAGGGAGGGUGUCACGGGACCAUUUUGGUCCAGUCUGACAGAGAAAUUAAACCGCACGGACCGACUCAUUCACUAUGCAUCACUCACUAGUAGGCGUAAACGAUCGACACAUGCAGUGAACACCAGUCGAGCUCCCCUUCUGUGUGUAUCUAUGUGUGUGUGUGUAUGCCCGCCAUGUCUCUCUGGCCCAAAAACCAACACAGAGUUUUCAGAUUCUGAAAGCUCUCUGUCUCGGUUCCGGAGACUCACCCGGCAUUAGCACCCACUCACUACUGUGUCACUCACCCACCCGAUGACUCGGCAUCACUCACUAGGCAACAACAGCCGAGCUCCUCCACUCUCUUUGUAUGGGACACGGAGCGCGCGCGCUCUCUCUCUAUGUCCUACCGAAUCGACAGACAGUUCUCAUCUGAAAAGUGCCUGUCGACUCGAAAACUAUGUGUUGUCUCACUCAAAUAAACCGCUCUGUGCACUGACCGUCUCACUGCCCACUCACCCACAGCCAUCCAUCAAGCAUAAAUGCCCCUCAACCGCCACUAAGAUCAGUCAGUUGGUUUGAAAUUCAGCCAGAAGAGAGCGUUCACGGCACCAUCGUCCUUGCCAUCGUCACCCAGCACCAUCGCCGUCGCUACGAGGUCUUCGCCGGGAGACAACACACCGGAUACGGUCGUCUCGACAGACAGGACGGAAGAGGGCGGCAGCGCCGCCCCAUAGAGCGUCCGUUGACUCUGCUCGACCACCACCUUCACCGGCACCGGCAGAAUGUUCUUGACUUCGAAGGAAAACUCGCCUGUCUCACGAUCCUGCUUGAACAUCUGGAAGACAGUGCUGGCUUCGUUGGUUGGAGGGUCGCUCGGAAUGGGAGCGUUGUUGGUGAAGGUCUGCUCCAGCAGCCGCUCCCCAUCCUGUGUGCGCGCAGACACAACACACACAAGAGGCGAAUGUGGGGCGAAUGCGCGUAUGGCCCAUGUUGCCUGCACAUUGCAAUACCUGUGUCUCAAUGACGAGGGUCACCGAGGCGAACGCGGGCACAGGCACGGUGAACCCGGGCGAGUCUUCUGGCGCGAUGCUCGUUUCGCUCUCGAUGCUCGCGUCAGCGCCCAAGAACACCUGAUAAUCCACAGGCCGCCCCGCCUCGUCCACAAACCGCACCACAACCUCCUCGCCCUCGCUGUCGGCAAACCCGUUCCCAAUCUCUAUCGUCAAUGCAGCCUCACUGACCCCGUCGCUGUUAUCGGGAUCUGGCUCUUCUGGCGAGGUGGGGCAGAGAAAGGCGAAGUCCACCGGCGGACCGCGAAGAAAUGGCGAGUCGCAUGAUAAGAAGAAACCGCCCACUCUGUUGGGCGGGUCAGCGUCGCGGGGAAUGUUGGAGAGGCUGAUGAUGUUGGAGGGCUCGCCUGCCGAGCGGCCAAUGAGACAGCCCAGGACGCACAGGGCGACAACGAAGGCUGGAGAGCGCCUCAUUCGCGUGUCUUUCUUUCCCUGACCAGCCGGGACAUCCACACAGAAAAGUCUUCACAGGGAACCCUCUCAAGAAUCGAUCGUACACGAUUUGUCAGGUCCAGUGAAAGGGUACCCUCUGAAAGUCGGCGCCUCGAGCUGCCGUCGUCGUCGGGGUCGCGGGGGAUCCUUUUCUGGCUCUGAACGGGCUCGUUCGUGGCUUCUGUCGCCUCUGCAAGCAUCACAGGUAUUCACGCAAGCAGUUGCAUACCCGAACAACCCAUGUGGUCGUGUGGCGGAUGACCUCCUGAGUGUGAAGGAAGGGAGACCCACAAGCCGCCACAAGCUGGCAUCCAGGUAAGGUUGCCAUCCACUGCACGCCCAAACGUGCCAACCUUACCGAAGGGAUCGAAAAGGCGUUGUCAGGCGUCGUCGCGCUCCCAACGAG